AUGCCGCACUCGGUCAACGUGGACGAGGUGCAUGCUGCUGCUGCCGAGGAGUUGCUGCCGCAGGACAUCCUGCGCGAGUUCGACGGGGUCAACGCUUGUGCUCCGAUGGUUCGCUACGGCAAACUGCCGUUCCGAGCGCUCGUCUCGCAGUACGAGACGCACCUCGUGUGGACGCCCAUGAUGCUCGCCGCCGAGUUCAGUCGAUCCGCACUCGCUCGAGAUAGCGACUUCACCACCUCGUCGACUGAGCGAGGCUCGUUCUACCUCCCCGAGACUCACGCCGGAUCACCCGUCGCCGAAUGGGAUCCCUCGCCUGAACCGCGGCGCGGGUUGCACUCGCUUUCGAAUGGCGGAGGAGCAGGAGGAGGGAAGAGGCGGCGGAAAGUCAAGGGUCGGUUGAUCAUACAGUUCGCGGCGAACGAUCCGGUGCAGCUGGCAGAUGCGUCGGAGCUGGCGAAACCUUGGGUAGACGGGAUCGACCUGAACUGCGGCUGUCCGCAGAAGUGGGCCUUCCAGGAAGGGAUUGGCUGUGCGUUGCUGCGCAAGCCGGACUUGGUGCGGGACCUCGUGCGCACGACGAAGCAGCGGAUAGGCUGGGACUUUCCCGUCAGCGUCAAGAUCCGAGUGGACGAUGACCCGACCCGAACGAACGAGCUCGUCUCAAACGCCAUAGCCGGCGGAGCCGACUUCAUCACCGUACACGGUCGAACGCGCCACCAAUCCUCCGAAUCCUUCCCCGUCAAUCCCGACGCAAUCGCUUUCGCUGCGUCGUGUGCGAAGGGCGCCGUGCCGGUCGUUGCGAACGGAGACGUGUUCACGAAGGAGGAUGGGGAGGAGUUGAGGAGGAAGACGGGAGUGCAGGGGGUUAUGAGUGCGCGGGGGUUGCUGGCGAACCCGGCGCUCUUUGCGGGUUACUCGAAGACCCCGCUCCAGGCCGUCCAGGAAUUCCUCGACCUCUCCAUCUCCACCGGCCUAAUCUUCCCGCUCUUCCACCGCCACGUCGCGUACAUGCUCGAGUCCCGCUUUGCGAACAAGAAGGACGGGAUUGGGUUCAAUGGGUUGACGAGUUAUGCGGGGGUUAUGGAUUGGUUGGAGGAGGCACAGAUGGUCGAGCUUGGAGGUGGGAGUGGGGUGGCGGGCUUGCAGACGGGUGUUGAUGGGUUGCGAGUGUAG